CUCUCUCUCUCUCUCUCUCUCUCUUUCUGUUUCCAUUUAUUUUUAUUUCUUCCUCUCAAAUCCUUCACCAAAGGCUCUCUCUUCCUCCCAUUUCUGCAUCAUCUUGGGUUUGGUUUUCUCGCCUCGCCUCUUCUCUUUCUUUCUUCGUUUCUUUAUUUUCUCUCCUGAAAGCGUGAACAUAAAUACAGCUUUCUUUGAUCACCUUGUCUGGGCUAGUUCUUUCUUUCCUGUCCCAGGUUUCUCGUAUAGAUCCAUCUGCUCGGUGUACUAAAAGUGUAUUUGGCUUACCAUCUCUGUUGGAGAUUUCUUCAAGAUUUUUACUUGUAACAAAGUUGUUAUUAGCCUAAUGCAAGGGCAGAGGGGUAAACUUGGUGGUUUUCCUGAAACCUUGGAAAUUUGAUUGUGGAUCUACUCCUAGUAAUGCUUCCAAAGAUCAGCAUAUAUGCUGGAAUAAUAUGCGAGAUCCUGCUGGAAACUGAAUACCAGACCAUAUACCAUCACCUGGGUUUAUUAAGGUUGCAUACCUAAAUUCUGCUAACUGUCAGCAGUAGAUGUCGAAUGGAUGGAGCUUGGGUGAGCCUAGUUCUAGCAAUUCCCAGAAUGAGGUCAGGUGUGAUGAGCAGAAAGCAGAAUUUGGAUUGUCAUCUUCAGGAAGUGCUUGUCCUGCGGCUGGUCUGAGGUUGGAAGAAUGGAACUGUGAACCAUCUAAUAAUACAAAUGGAAACCCUCUGUUUGCACAAAAUUCCAAUUCUAAUGUGCAUACUCAGAAUCCCAACUUAAACACAGAUCCAAUGGGUCAUGGUGGUGAUAAUAGUCAAGCCAAGGGAUGCCCUAACAUACACAAGUCUAUCAGAUCUGAAAAUUGGUGCAUUCCACCACCUGCAAGUAGUUCUGAUCAUCAUGUACUUCCUUCCAGACCCAGUGGAGUUUUAGUGACCGAGAAUGAUGGUGGACCAGGCUGUUCAAUGGAGGGUCGCCGUGUCCCCUGUAAAAGAAAAGCUCUUGAAGGAAAUGCUGGACAGUCUUCUGUUUCUGGAAGUUCUAGCUACUUUCACCCUUCUGAAAAUAGUGCACGGUCUGCUGUGCCUGCUCGCUUUAAUUUGAGCAGCAGUUUAGGUGUAUCUGCUACACCCGAACAGGUGAACCCAAGAUUCGGGCUAGGCACAAUGGGAGUAGCUUCUGAUUUCGUUCCUGAUCUAAGUUCGGCAGGAAGCUUCCAUAGAAAUACCCGUUUAAGGAUAAAUCCUUCAAAUCAACAAGAUUCUAUUGCCCCUACUUUAAUCUCUACAGCGAAUGCUGUUAGGCAUUCUAGUAUUUCAUCUUCCCUUCUGUCACCAAGACUUCUUCCAGUUGGUUAUUCUUUGGACUUGCGGUCAACACCUGCUUCUGAUCGUAUGAUUCCUCAAAGUCAACCGGUUUUGGUCCAUGUUCCUACAUUGCCACGAAACGUGGAAGGUUACAGGUGGAAUGGAGGACCUAGCUUGGGAGCUGGCAAUAUCACAAGCUCUAUGGUUUCUAGAGAUAGAGAUUCUGUGCCGCAUGAAGAAAUGGGCUCAAGAAGCAUGACAAGAAACCUUUCGGAACAUCCUGUGUUUAUGCCUGCUAUCGAACUGAGAAACUUGGUUCGAAAUCCAGCAAAUAGGGGUUCAACUAGCGGAAAUGUAAGUAUUCCUGGAAAUGUUGCCUCUACAUCUCGACCUGUUCCCAGUUCAGGUGUCCAUCCAUCACCUGCUCCUACUUUAGCUCCUCAACAUAGUCCACAAUUCCAACGAAGAUUUUCUGAAUAUGUUCGCCGGUCAUUGAUGUCUUCUGCUGGCUCUGAAUCUGGAGGCCAGAGGAGUAAUUAUUCCCCACUUGGUUCGGGUCCUAUUCCGUCACAAGAACUUGGUUUUUCAUCUGGACCUGGUAACCCGGGCCAUGCUCAGUCACACCCAAGGUCAGCAUUGUGGGUAGAGAGACAAGGUGAUGGUGGUCUUGGAAUCCCUUAUUUAUUGCGAACGUCUGCUGCAGCCAGUGAAGGAAGUAGCAGAUUUGUAUCCGAGUUAUUUCAGUUAAGUUUGUUGGUUGGAUGUUUGUUCAAGCAGAAAAGUAGAAGUGAAAAAUCUAAUGGACAGAUUCGCAAUGUCUUGGGUCUCAUGCGUAGGGGUGAGAGCUUGCGACUUGAGGAUGUUAUGAUCCUUGAUCAGUCUGUGUUUUUGGGGGUGGCUGAUAUUCAUGAUCGGUAUAGGGAUAUGCGACUAGAUGUUGACAACAUGUCUUAUGAGGAGUUAUUGGCUCUGGAAGAGCGCAUUGGUAAUGUUAGCACGGGAUUGAGUGAAGAAACAAUUUUAAAUCGUCUGAGACAACGGAAAUGUUCAAUUGCAGUGGGGUCUCAGCUUGAUGCAGAACCAUGCUGUAUCUGUCAGGAGGUAUACAUUGAGGGAGAUGAUCUUGGAACUCUGGAAUGCGGCCAUAAUUUUCAUGCUGACUGUAUUAAACAAUGGCUGAUGCAGAAGAAUUUGUGCCCCGUUUGUAAAACAACAGCCCUGACGAAAUGAGAGGUGAACAUUCACUUUCUGGAUAUUUGUUCUCAUAUUGGAAAGAGGGCUAACCGUGAAACUGUGUCGCUCAUUUGAAUGAGUGAGUCAAAGACACCGAUGCAUAUUGCCUGCUUCACCAUGACACCACUCACCCAAGAGUCAGUAAAAUUUUCUAUUUUUGGAGAUUGUAUUCUAGUCAGCCAUGUCCUUGUAGAGGUGGCAGAUGUGCGAUUAGAAAAUAUAUAACUAGUUUCGAACUUACCAUUUAUCAACAAAUGAUUACCUUGCAAUAUUUAUUAAAAUUUCAGCCUAUUGGCAUUACAGAUUGGA